UGGCGGCGGUGGCGGCGAACUGGAUCCCGUGGCCGCGUGGGGACGCAAACUGUACGCCACGCCGGGCAACCACCACCGGAACGCCACCGCGGCCGGCCUCAUGUUCGGCCUGCACCACCACCAUCACCAGGACACCGGAACGCCCGGUGGUAUAUCCGGACUGCACCAUCAUCACCACCAUCACCACCAUCACCAGCUCCGGGGCCCAGUUACCGGGCUCAAAGAAGAGCCUUUGGCCAACUCGCAGCUGUCCGUUCCCCGUUCGUGGAUGCAACCUUCCAUCAUCGAUCAGAGCAGUAUCGGCGUGGGAAGAGCACAUUUUGAGAAGCAACCUCCCAGCAAUCUGAGAAAAUCCAAUUUCUUUCAUUUCGUGAUCGCGCUGUACGACAGGUCUCAGCAGCCAAUCGAAAUCGAACGGACCGCGUUCAUAGGAUUCAUCGAAAAGGAUCAGGAAUCCGAGUCACAGAAGACCAACAACGGUAUUCAGUAUAGACUUCAGCUGUUGUAUGCUAACGGUGUGCGACAAGAACAAGACAUAUAUGUGAGGCUCAUCGAUACCGUUACCAAACAGGCCAUCAUUUACGAGGGUCAAGACAAGAAUCCUGAGAUGUGCCGGGUGCUGCUAACGCACGAAGUCAUGUGCAGUCGAUGCUGUGAUAAGAAAAGUUGCGGCAACAGAAACGAAACGCCAUCCGAUCCGGUCAUCAUCGACAGAUUUUUCUUGAAGUUUUUCUUGAAAUGCAAUCAAAAUUGUUUGAAAAACGCUGGAAAUCCCAGAGACAUGCGAAGGUUUCAAGUGGUCAUUUCAACACAAGUUACGGUUGAAGGUCCUCUGUUGGCUGUAUCGGAUAACAUGUUCGUACACAACAAUUCAAAACACGGACGCCGAGCAAAACGUUUAGACCCAAAUGACGGUAUGUUUUCUCCUCUGCCCGUGGCGACACCGUGUAUAAAACACAUUACACCGAGCGAAGGAUGGACCCACGGCGGAGCUUCGGUCACUAUAUUGGGUGAUAAUUUUUUCGACGGGUUGCAAGUGGUUUUCGGCAGCAAUCUAGUUUGGAGCGAACUAUUGACUCCACACGCCAUACAAGUGCAAACACCGCCCAGGCCCAUACCCGGCAUCGUAGAAGUAACGCUGUCGUAUAAAUCCAAACAGUUUUGCAAAGGAUCUCCCGGCAGAUUUGCGUACAUAUCACUCAGCGAACCUACCAUCGAUUACGGUUUUCAAAGACUACAAAAAUUUGUACCCAGAUAUCCAGGUGAUCCCGAAAAACUACCAAAGGAAGUGAUCCUGAAGCGUGCAGCGGAUUUAGCGGAAGCGCUAUACACGAUGCCCCGAAACAAUCAACUUUCGCUAUCGCUGCCCAGGUCGCCGUGCUCGCGGGACAGGGACAGCAACAACAUGUCGACGUCGGCGGGGGCGGUGGGCACCGGGUUCAACCCGUACACCGGACAGCUAGCGGUAACCGUACACGACCACGGUGCUACUGGUCAAUGGAACGACGACGAUUACGGACGCGGUCAGAGCAGCAGCGUGUCGCCCCGAGGCGGCGGUUACGGGUCCAGCGCAUCGACGCCGCACUCGACCAACGGCACGAACGGAAGCACGUACAUAAAUCCGCCACCAACCAGUGGAGGCGGUGGCGGUGGUGGUGGCGGUGGUGGCGGCGGAAGCGGCGGCGGUGGCGGAGGCGGUGGAAACCCGUCCAAUUCCGGUCCCAACAACGGUAACGGAGGAAAUUCCGGUUACAAUGGUUCCACCAUGCCUAACACCACAUCGGCCGCGUCGUCCGUUCAACUGACCAACAUGAACUCGCCCACGGCCACUUCGCACCCAUCACUCUUCAACUCUUCCUCAAGAAUGGGCACUUUGGUAACAUCACCGUUCGCAAUGAAUCCGUUCGCUUUACCAAACUGCAACGGACAGCCGUACGCCACGAGCCCGUUAAUCAGCUCAUCAGCGAAAUAAAUAUACAAAACACAAUGCGCCGCCUUUAAAAUAUAGUGUCGAUUAUGUUUCUAGUAGUUGUCUAACUUAAUCGACUGUAAACGCCGAUUCGGGAAUACGACACUCCCGUUAAAUAGGUUUAAAAUACGCAUUGUUAUUAUUAAAAUCAUUUAAUCUUUAUUUAUUAUUAUUAUCAUUAUUAUUAUUGUUAUUAUUAUAAUUAUUAUUAUUACAGUCCGGAUUUUUAUUCUGCGAGUACACUUAAAAUAUGUUCGUAUAAUGUAUACUACAAUUUCCACAUACCGACAAAUUAUAAUAUGUUACAACUAAAAUUAUAAAAAUUAUAAUUUCUCCAUUCUUUAAACUCAAAAACAACUUUUCUAUUUUUUUUUUUAACUAUGUACUAUUAAAUUUUUGAAUUUUCACAUUUUAGUAUGAUUAAAUCACUAUAGAUAUUUAGAAAAAAUCAUUACUAAUCGUAUAUCGGAAUGAAAAUAAUUAUCUUAGCUUCAAAAAAUACUCAGUUACUAAUCCAUUUAUUACUUACAUAGCCAAGUACUCUGAAGACCAUAAAGAUACAUAGUGUAUACAUACUGCUUAUAAAUGAUGGUCCGUACUUUUUAAUUUCUAAUACGAGACCAUAACAGAAAAACUGAAAACAACUAUGCAACUUAACCAUAGAUAGAACAAAAAUCAAUAAUCAUAAUAACAUAGUAAAAUACGAUUUUCUACAUAUGUAUAAUUAAUAAAUAAAAUCUUAAAAAUCCGGACAAUAAUUUAUUAUUAUUGUCACAUUGAUAAGUGGUUUGAGACAUUUUUGAUUCUGUCUUGCUGA